CAGUCAGUUAUCGUUGUAUCGAGGUGCAUCUGGAGAACUAAAUUGGACGGAAUGAAAUUCUAACAGAACUUAGACAAAAUGUGGAAAGAAUACUACACUUGGACUUAUCCUGACAUGCCGAAGGAGGUAACGGAGCUGCUCGCACUCAAGGAAAAUGAAAAGCUCGUUAUAGUUGGAAUAAUUGGACGUUCUAAAUGUCAUCUAGCGAAUAAAAUGGCUGCAUUUGGCAUGGAGCCGGAGCCCGGUCAUGAGCCAAAAGAUGGUCAAAUACAAUGCUACUACAAACCUGGUACCAAGACGCUGCUUAUUCAUUUUGAAACCACUUCCGAUGAUGCAGUGAUUGGUCAGUUAAUAGAAACAGAGGAGCCGCAGACACCUUUGGAUUUCGAUGAAUUCUAUGAGCAGAUGCGAAGUCGUUUCGUGCGUAUGUUUUUGCUGGCGCUGCACGUUUGCCACAUUUUAGUGUAUGUGGAAACGUCCUUUUUAUUUGACAUAAUGCUGGUGAACAUUUUCCGGCUGCUGAAGUUUGUGCGGGAGCAGAAUCUGCUAGAAUUUUUGCCCAGUCUGUUCGAAAUCAGUGAAAAUAUAUCUUUACUUGGCGAACAGACGCGUCUGUGCACACCACGUAUUUUGUUUCUGUUUGAGAACUAUCCGCGAGAUGGGGAACGCACACGUGAAUCCAUCUCGUCCCAUGAAUUCCAAACCGAGGACAAUAUCUACGAGCUACUACGUCACUAUAAUAUAGUGAGUAAUAGCAGUGCCAGCUCACUGCUGGCCUUGCCAAAGAACAAACAAUUUGUGUUCUAUAAUACGCAUGAAAAGCUCCAUCCGGAUACAUUUCUACAGGCAGUAGACGAACUACACAAAGCCAUGUAUAAAGUAGAUAUCAAGGAGGAGGAUGAAGACUUAGAGAUUUUAGAGCUAGCGCCAUUUGAGGGCUUUGUGAAGCCCCUAGGUGAUUCGUACAUGACGCGUAAUUCUGAGGAGAAUGUGUUUAAAAGGGAGCACACGGCAUGGUGUUUCCUACAGCGGCAUGUUGAGGAUGCGCUCACUGGUUGCUUUGAUGAGGGUUCCUUUAAACAGUGCUUGGAUUCCACGAGCCUGAAGCUGCCUAAUUGGAAGGAGUGGCACGAUUUGAUGGCAGUGUUUCACAAAGUAUUGGUGCUAAAUGCUCAGAACGAUAAUUUCAAUACUAGCAAUGAGGCAUAUAAAAGUUUUCUAGAGAACUUCGAUGACAAUCUCAAUUAUGAACGCAAAUUUUGGGCCCAUCUAUGCGAGCUUGGUUUGAAAAAAGGCGUCUGCACUUACAAGCAAGCUGCUCCGAACUUGUAUGGCAGUGCGGAGCACAAGCAACUGCUUGCCCAGGCCUGUGCAGCCUUCGAGGAAGACGGGCGUGGUCCACCCGCUAAGGCCGCUUUGGCCAAACUGAGCGACAUUUGUCUAAAGCACUGGCAGGAUGGGCGACAGCAGUGCGAGCACUUGAGUUUGCGUGGACAUCCCUGUGUGUUGUCCAAGGAUGUGGCACACGAUAAGCACAGCAGCGGUGUGAUGCACAUUUCCAGUUGUAAUUGUGGACGCACACAGGGUCGACGGGAAGAUCCCUAUUCCCUGCGUCAGGCCAACUAUGACUACUAUGAGCAAAUGGCCAACACGUGUAAUCUGUGUGUGAAGGCCAAACAAUAUCAGUUCGCUAUUUUCAAGCCCUCGAUCAGUGAUUAUCGUGCUGCUGCCUUUGAAGCGGCCUUUCCAUUGCUGAGUGCAGCCAAAGUCGUCCGCCCGGAGCAGUCAGAGGGCGCUGAGUUGGUGCAAUCCGAUGAACCAAAUAGCUUGCCGCCGUUCUCUCAAGAGGCCGAAGGGCCUACAAAUCAAUCCCUGAACAAUCGCUGCUCUCAACCGCUGUCACCUACAUUUGGCUCCGAUUUAAAUAUGUCUGUAGCGGGUUUUGGCGAUUCACUUAAAAGCGAAGCCAAUGAAAUUGAGGUGCUGGAGACACAAAUGGGUACACGCUCCGGCAGCUUUGCCAGCACCUUCACAGGCUCUAGCAGCAGCGACUCUAGCAGCGAUGACGGUGUUGAAAAUGAGUUGGUAUUGCAAGUAAAACAGCGCGGCGCAUCGCCGACCAUAAGUACUAAGGAGACCGCCACAAAUGCUGAAGAAAAGAGCUGCGCUCUGGGAGUACUGCGUCAGGCAUCCACUACUGAGUAUUUGCCUGGAUUGGUGCACACUUUAACAGCUGGUGGCUUGCUGCCAUUCUUUCCUAGCUGGUCGCUGGCCUGUGUGGGUCCAAGUUCCGUUUAUAGCCACAAUACUGGACUUCAGGAGCACUUUCAAGCCGGAUUUCUAUCGGGCGCUAAUUUUCUACUGCCCUGGGAUGUGCAUGUGCGCUUGCAGCGAGCCACCAGCGUGUCAACAACACACCACAAGCAUCACCAUCAACAGUCCCUAGGAGGCAGCAAAAAGAUGCAGCGCUAUCGCAAACAUGGUGAUCGUCUAAUGCUGAAGAUUUUCAUUGGAUUCGAAUACGAAUGCUCUCGCGGCCAUCGCUUUAUAAUGUGCAGUCCGGAUCGUAUAUUACGGGGCGGCGCUGACAUCGAACGCGACACCAGCACUAAAGUAGUGCACAGCAACAUGCCGCUCUACUAUCCCUGUCCAUGCCGAGGACAAAGCAACUAUCUUGCCCAACUAAUGCGUGUACAUGUCGUCACACCAAAAGCCCCGGUAAACGUCAUAUUGGAUCCUAAGGUGCGCGUCAACAAUAAAUAUACCUUCACUCUUGGAGUUGAGCCGCCACCGCGUCUAUCCCAGAGCGCUUACUGGAUACUGAGAUUUCCAUAUGUGUAUCAAGGCGACGCUUUCCUUAUUAACCCGCCAAAGGAGCUGAAUACGGAAGAUCCGCUAUCUCAUGGUUGUCUCUUGGCUGGCAUGUUUGGCGUGGCCGAGGUGGAAGCCGAAGAACAUGCUGAGUAGUUUAGAAAACAAAAACUUCUAAUAAAUAUCUUAAGAUCUGUUAAUAAAUUCUGUCUUCGAAAUGAUCAGCUAUCCUAAGCAAGAUGAUAAAA